AUGGACCCCAAACCCGUACACUACCCCUUGCAACCAAAAGUCGAAGUUACUUUCCAGACAAAUAUGACAGAAAAUUCAGGGCCUUCUCUCGAUUCUCUAUCUGCAAAGAUAAGGGUACCCACAAAAGCCGCGAGGAGAAGCAGGUGUGUAAUAUGCGGCGGCUUGUUACGAAAGACCAAUAACAAAAAAAGAGGAUGUGCGGCACUGUGUCCAAAUGGAACGAUACCUCCGGGAGAGGGAAGUCGAUUUGUGCUAGCCGCUACGGAGCACCUCAGACAUAAAUUGCGACGGAUGGAGGCUCGUAUGCGUUCAUUGGAAGACGCGCUCGCUAUUGCCCAUAGUUCGGCAACAGAUCGACCACAUCCUCUGCUCGGUGUCCGACUAGAGCUCGAGGCCGAUGACAGUCCGAAACUCAAGCCUGUAGCUGAGGACUCUUCGACGGCGUCCCUCUCCGCGUCUCAAUCCCCAGGAACCCUUUGGUUAGAUGGGCACGGUGGCACCCGUUUUUUUGGACCAUCAGGGGGAUCGGAAAGUCUUCUAAUCUCCUCGGACGAAAGCCUUGAAUCCCCCCUCGUCCACAAGAUUGAACCACUUCUCCAAGACCUGGACCCAAGUUAUCUAUCACCUGAAAUCAAUCACUGUUACCAAUCCUUUCCUUUCACCCCUCCCAACGUGAUGGUCUCGUCAGUUCAGAAUAUGAUAGAAUCAUUUCUUCCGCCAAUGGAUGUAGCCAUUACAUUAUGUGACACAUUUCUCGAACAUCUAUCAUGGAUGUUUCACAUCGUAUCCCGUCAUAAAUUGGUAAACGAGCUUAUUCCUAUCAUUUACAAGCAAAACCCCGUCCCAUAUGGUCCCCACGACCUCGCUUUGCUUCUGAUCGUUCUAGGCAUUGGUUCCUUGGUCGACCUUACAUUAAUACCCUAUAAUCUCGAAGCACAGCAUUAUUACCGGCUAUGCAGAGCAACUUUGGCACUCCAGUCUGUUUUGGGUGCGCCAUCUGUCGUUACAAUCAAGGUUCUCCAUCUCAUGAGCGUGUACAAUGGCAUGAGUGGGAAGGAAAGUAAUCUCGAACAGUCGUAUGUUCUUCUGGAUUUGGCCGGACAGGUGGCCCUCAGGAUUGGAUUCCGUGAGCUCGAAUUUCUCAGGCUAGAUACAAAUACGUAUAUGGCUAACACAAAAAAUUCUCACCCAGAUAUUGACCCAUCGUUGUGGGGAUUUGAAGGCAGGGAAGCAUAUGACCGGCGCGUCUAUUUCUGGAACUUGAUGGCAGGAGUGCUUUGGCAGAGCCUCGUCACCGGAAGACCGCCCAGUUUAUUGAUGUCGUACAUCGAUUGUCGCAUACCAACAGUAGAAGACGAAAAUUUAUUUCAAGAAGGCGAAGUUCCUCUGGGGUUCGGAGUGUGGGGUUUCAGAGCAUCGUCCGAGUUAAUGGUGCCACUUGUGCGACUCGCCUUGGCGGUUAAACCGCCAGCGUACGAUUCUGUGAUGGAACUUGAUCGUAAAAUACGGGAAUUCUCGCUUCCCAGGACCGACUCCCACCAAACCCACGAUGAUCGAACUGCGAUUUCUAUGCAAAUAUUUGUGAGAUCCCAUUAUCAGGAACUUAUGCUCUUGUUUCUGCAUCGUUCCUAUUUCGCCCAGGCUAUGACUGAACAUCCCGAUAACCCGUUGAACAGCAAGUACAGCCAGUCGGUGCACGCCGCAUAUUCAAGUGCUUGUAUUGUGCUACAAGACACCCGCGCCCAAUUCAUGAAGAAGCCGUUACUAUGUUCUCGUAUCUGGCGGAUAUGGUCUUUCACUUUUUCUGCUGCUGUCAUCGUGGGAACGUUAGCAAUUAGGGGCUCGCAUCUUAACCUCAAACCUCCUCCUCUUGAACAAUUUGAAUCCAUAUUCAAGAUUUUUGUGAGUGCAGCGGAAACCAGCAGUCGUGCAGCUAGAUCUCUGCCCAUUCUUCAAGUCAUGCUUCAGAAAGCUCGUCAAGCCCACAAAUUUUACUGUGAGAAAGGCAGGCCCGCUCCAUCAUGCGAUCAGGACACCGAUGAACUGCUGUAUUUUGGUGGGCAGGCGAGUAUUAUCCAGCAACGCGAACAGGACAUCUUCUCUGGCUCAAGAUCUUCAGGGUCGAACGAAAGUACGCCAGAGCGCGUUACGCAAUUCAGUAGUCAACACCCUACAGAACCGGGGUCUCCAGAUACACCCAUUUACAAGCAGCACCCAGCGAAGGAGCCGUCAAUGUCGCCUCCAAUGCCAGUAGCACAGCCAUUGGCGUCUAAACCUAUCUCCAUUUCAAUCACGCCAUUGACAUAUUCGGCAAGUCCGCCGCUUUCCAAUUCAUCGCUUCCGCCAGAGUGUUCACGGCAUGCUUCGUCGUCGUCUCGACAAGUACCCAUGCAAAGAAUGGUACCCUCGAUGGGGAGUCCUCAAUACCAAACGUUCGCAGAUUUGUCGGGUGGAUGGAACGGCGGGCAUGAUCGUCAUCUGGAGGCACCGCAGCAAAGCAGCGGUUCAACUAGCAACUCCUAUCAAGCGCGGGGGCAUAACCCGCGUGAUGAAGUGAUGUUGGACGAUCGUUGGGCGUCCUUCAUGGAUUACGAUGUUUUACGAGAACCACCUUACUACCACGAGCCAUCACAGUGA